AUGUUCGACUGUCAUUGCCACCUGUACACGCCCCAGUUCACACCCGCGGAGGUUGCAGACCUUUCGGCUGAGGCCGCCGCUGUUGGAGUCCGCGCCAUCGUUGCGGUGCCAGAGACGCUCGCCGAUUCUCGCGCUGUGCUGCAGCUCGCGGCCGGCCUUCACCCGGUGCAGCCCGUGCACUCGGACGGCCUGCCCUACAGCGGCGCGCGCUGCGUGUCGUUGGAGGACCUCGUGCCGGCGCUGGACUUCAUCCGCGACCACGCGGACGCGCUGGUCGCGGUCGGGGAGGUGGGCCUUGACUUUUCGCCCCACGUGCUUAAUGGAGACGAGGCCCUGAAAGACGUGCAGCGCGCAGUGCUGGCCGCCCAGGUGUCUCUUGCCAAUGAGCUGGGCCUGCCCCUCAACGUGCACUCGCGGUCGGCAGGGCACCACGCCAUUGACGCCCUGCUGGUGCGCCCCCACGCACAGCUGCCACGUCUGUCAGACACCACCUACUAA